AUGGCAUCUCCUUCAUCGUUGAAGAGCGUUUCAUGGGAUGUCAUUCAUCAGUUAUUUGGCAAUUCAACAAGUUCGGGAAAUAUUGAAAAUAUGAUUCAACACUAUGUGGAAUUGUACUUUGGCGAUGAUGCAGAGAGGAGGAAAUUGAGAAUUUGUGAUCGAUUGUUUGAGUUUAUUGAUGGAUAUAGUGAAUUUGUCAUGUUUAUGAAUGGUGUAGAGCAUGAGCAACGAGUUAGUGAGUUGGCACUUGCGGAACUAGAUCAGGAUGUGAUGGAUAAUGAGCAAGAUGUACAAUUUACAGGAGAAAUAGGUCAUAACGAUGAGAAACAAGGAGAAUUUCCACAAGUAUCUCAAGAACACCUCAUGGGAGAACAUGUAAUAGUCGAUUUGGUCAACUCUGGAACAGUUUCCAAUGAAGAGGAAGCUCCUACACUUGAUAAUACUCAAUCAGAAUUGGAUUCUGAUGCAGAUGAAGUCAAGGAAAAGAAAUUUAUGAAAUUAUUGAAUGGAUUUUCAGAUAAAUUGAUGGGUGACAUUUCAAAGGAAUAUAUUCAAAAGCCAUCACUGAAAGAUUUUGCAAAAGAUAUUUUGAAAUUGCUAAUUUCCUUUGCCUUAAUCAUGGCUGUCAUUGCAUUGGGUGCUAUGGCUGUCAUGUUCAUUGAACAAGAUGUUGAAUAUAAGAAUUAUUUGGCAUAUAAGGAAAAUCUAUUGAAUUCAACAUUAGAUGAAUAUUCAUUUGAUAAUUCGACAGGAAAUGCCAAUGUCACUAUUGAUCCAUUUAAUCCUAAAUGGACAUAUGGAAACAGUGUCUAUUUCAUGAUUGUUACCUUAUCAACCAUUGGAUACGGAGAUAUGUCACCAACUACUAUUGGAGGUAAACUGUGGGUUGUCUUUUUUGGAUUUCUAGGAAUAUCCCUCAUGGGUAUGUGGAUUUCAUUCGUAGGAGGUGCCAUUAUGAACUCUUUCGGUACUGGAAUAUUUGUAGUCAUGCUCUACAUUAAGAGAUCCAUUGUAAUUACAUUCAAAACAGCUAAAAAUCGAGAUUUGGAAGAAGUGAUGAGAAUUAAGGCAAAUAUGAAAAAUCCAGAGCUAACACCAUUGGAAAAGAAAAUGUUUUCAUUCUUUAAUAGAGGUGCUACUCAGAUUAUUAACAUGAUUUUACUGUUGGGAGGAUAUGUUGUGGGAGCUGCUGCAUUGUUUAGUUAUUUGGAAAAUUGGGAGUUUUAUGAUGCAUUCUAUUAUUCAUUUGUAACUCUGAGUACAAUUGGAUAUGGAGAUUUUUACCCAAAGACAACCAAUGGUAAGAUUACAUUUGGUUUCUUUGUCUUGAUUGGUCUUGGAUUGUUGGGUAUCUUACUUGGUUUCGUGGCCAAAUCCAUUCAAGAAUCACUUCUUUCAAAUUUCAAGAAAGCCCAAAAGAAAACAUUUUUGGAAUUUAAGGAUUUACAGGAAAAGGCAGCCAUGAAACAAAUUGGUAACAUGAUGAAUAAGCAAAAGCAAAAUAUGACUCAAGGUUUCAAUAUUCUCAAAAAGGGAGGUAAAGGUGGAAUUCACUUGAUGAGAGCUGGAGGUGUUGGUGGACUAAACAAACUGAAACAAGGAGGAAACUUAUUGAAAGAGGGAGGAGUUGGUGGUUUGAACAAAUUGAAACAAGGAGGUAAGGGAGGAAUGAAUCUCAUGAAAGCUGGAGGAGCAGGUGGACUAAACAAGUUGAAACAAGGUGGAAACUUGCUUAAGGAAGGAGGUGUUGGUGGUUUGAACAAAUUAAAGCAAGGAGGAAAUUUAUUGAAAGAAGGUGGAACCAAACUCAAGAAUGUUACAACAAAAAAGAAGGAAAAUUCCUCAAGUCCAUCCACACCAUCAGAAGAGUAAUUACAUGUUUCAAACUCUAUUUCAAUAGAAUAAUAAUAAUUAUUGAGAAAAACUGAAAUAUUAACAAACAAUGCAUCCAAUGAACAAUACCAAUAUCAGUAAUAAUCCAUUAGUUAACACUCUGGACGAAUGAUUCAAUAGCACAGCUGAGGAAAAUCUCACUAAAUCAUUGUCAACAAGUUGGUUUUGAAGGGUAGUGUCCUGAUCGUACAGACAAGCUGUUGAAUAAAACUUUUCCACAUUACUUUCAUUCAAACUAUUCAGUGUCAAAAAUUGAACUCCUUUCCAUUGAAAAUGAGGUGAUCCAAAUACUGUGCUAGUCACUGCAAUAGCUUCCAAUUGACCAGAACAAGAAUUGGCAAUUACUGAUGAAAAUAACAACUUUCCAGUCCAGAAAAACUUUUGUUUUGCAUAAAUUUUUGCAAUAUCAUCUCCUUUCUGAGAUGCCCUCUUCAAAGUUGUAACUCCAGAGCAAGUUUGCAUUCGGAGUUUAAUUCCCGAUGUGAAUGGAUCAAUGGAGGCAGUUACACAAUCAUUGGAAUAAAGAUUUUUCAGAGUGAUUCCUAUUCCAUUCUUAUCUCCACUUCCCACAGAACUAAUUUGAAAUUGAAAUGAAGUAUCUGUUAAAAGUUUUGGAUGAUUAUUCGAAACUGUUCCAAUAAUUCCAUUUUUCCAACUUGUCAAUGCAAAAUUAGGUCCUUUUACAAUAAAUACACUAUCAUCAUAAGCAGUUGGCAUUAAAAUUGUAUUAUUUGCAAAAUAAUUUUCAUUCACAAUGUCAUCCACCAAAAUAAAUCCUUUCGUCUUGUCAACAUUAUACGAAUCUGAAAUAAUGUAAAAUAUUUUGGAAUCUUGAUUGGUGGCACAUAUUUCCCUCCGUGUAGAAAUGAUGGAGGUUGUGUUUUUCCAUCGACAUGUACACCAAGUUGUGUUAAAAUACUUUCCGAUAGAAAAGAAAGGGUUUCCAAUAAUUUGAUGAUUUGGAUAUUGUUCAUCAAGGGUAAAGUUAGAAGGAGUGAUAGAGAGGCAUGUAUUUGGUUUGGCAGAUAUAAAAUCUGUUGGAAAUGUUGUUACUUGUGAGUAGAUAAAGUUAGUUUCUAAUUCCGUUAUUGAAAUUCGUCCACAAUAUUUAUACGAAUCUGAUGAAGUUGAUGAUGAACAAGUUUUCGGAGCAAUGUAACUUGACAAGGCUUGAUUAACCAACAACAAUACUAAACAAAUAAUGGAAAUAGAAUGUAGUUG